AUGUCCUUGACGGAGUCUCUCACCUUCCUACUGGACGGCUUUGACCCCCGCAGGCAGCGGCGUCGUCGUUGGAUGAGCCGUCUGGCUGACCGUCUCGAGGUGGACCCCGACUUGGAUCGCAACAUGAGUAGAGAUGAACGCGCUGCUGAAGCCUUGCGGAGGUUCUUCCAUUUGCACAGACCCCAUCUCCAUAGUAGCACCUCAGCCCCCACUGAAGCCCUACCCCGCUCUGGCAUGACCCCAGCGGCAGACCCUCUCGAGGUUGUCUGGAUGUCCGAGAUAGCUCCGCAUAGCUCUGGGAUGUGGGACUCGAUGGUGCCCUUCUUGCAAGCCAUAGUAGGGCAAGGGUCGGAAAAACAAAGACGCGAAUGGAUACCCAAAGUGAUGACGAUGGAAGUCGUUGGUUCAUAUUGUCAAACUGAGUUGGGUCACGGCUCUAAUGUGAAGGGCCUCGCGACGACCGCUACCUUUAUUGCUGGUGAUGGUGAUGACG